AUGUUGGAAAUGUUCGGACACAAGAAACAACCCACGGUCACCUUGUCGAAUGGAGUCGAAAUGCCACUGCUCGGAUUUGGCACCUGGCAGUCAAACGAUGAGGCCGGGAAAGAGGCGGUGAAAGAAGCGGUGCGAGCCGGCUAUCGACUCAUCGACACGGCGUCGAUCUAUGAAAAUGAGGGAAUGAUCGGACAAGCAUUACAGGAACUUUAUGAUGAGGGAGUCGUGAAACGUGAGGACAUCUUCAUCACGACAAAGCUUUGGAUCGAGAAAGCCCAUCCGGAUAAACACUUGGCGGCAAUCGAGAACGCAUUACAACUACUCGGCACCUCCUAUGUUGAUCUCUUCUUGAUGCACAUGCCACCAUUGAUGCACGAUGAUCUGGCGAUUGAGGAUGUGUGGCAAGGAAUCGAGCGUCUCUACGAUUUGGGGCUUACCCGAGCGAUCGGCGUCUCGAAUUGCAGCUUCAAGCAAAUGGAGCGCAUUCGGAAAAUUGCCAAGACUCCUAUUCACAACACUCAGAACGAAUGUCACGUUUAUUUCCCUUGCCAUGAUCUGCAAGCUUACUGUAAACUGCAUAACAUCUCGUUGACUAGUUAUGCAACUCUUGGAUCGGCAAAUAGAGAGGCGUUCCAAAUGUUCAAAUGGGUGAAAGGCAACCCAUCUCCAUUGGCCAAUCCAACAGUGCAACUGAUCGCUGAACGACACGGGAAAAGUCCAGCUCAAGUUCUCCUUCGCUACAUGCUUGAACGCGGUAUCGCCACUAUUCCAAAAGCAUCCACACCGCAACGAAUUCGGGAGAAUAUUGAUAUCCUCGAUUUCCAUCUAUCCACAGAGGAGGUGAAGAAGCUCGGCUCACUGAAGGAGCACAUUCGCUAUUUUGUUUUUCAAGAAUUCAAAGAUCACCCCGAGUACCCAUUCCAUCAAUGCGGAGCCGCUCGUCAAGCCAUUGAUGCAAUGAAUGGAUAU